GUUAGUUGUCAAUUAGAACUGUGUGUGAAAGGUUGCUGAAAAUAAAAAUUUCAUUUAGAAUCUCAUUUAACUAAGACUUCAAAUUAAACAUUUGAUCUGACUUUAUAUUCAAAUAUUUAAUAAAUAUUCAUGUUCUAAAUUGUAAUGUUAUCUUAAUUCCAGUAAGUAGUUUCAGUCAUAAUGGGUCGUUUCCUGACGCCGGAUAAAUUGAAAGGAUUCGAAAAAUACAAGUAUAAUUCCAUUGAUACUAGUGUGCUUAGCAAUUAUGUUAUGCAUCCAUUUUGGAACUGGUGUGUUCAGUUUUGUCCAGUGUGGAUUGCCCCAAACCUGCUAACAUUUGCUGGUUUCCUACUCACUGUAAUUAACUUCCUCCUGUUUUCAUAUUAUGAUUAUGGGUUUCAUGCCCUAACUGAAGAGAAUAUCACCAAUGAUCAUAUUCCUUCUUGGGUGUGGGGUGUGUCUGCGGUGAACUUAUUUGUGGCUUAUACAUUAGACGGCAUCGAUGGAAAACAGGCUCGGCGCACCGGCACGAGCGGACCGCUGGGCGAGCUAUUUGACCACGGAUUGGACUCUUACUCAUCAGUGCUUAUACCUACAUGCCUGUACAGCAUCUUUGGAAGAGAUGAAUUAUCACCUCUUAGAUUUUUCUUCGUCAUCUGGAACAUUUUCAUCAAUUUCUACUUGACCCACUGGGAGAAGUAUAAUACAGGCGUCAUGUUCUUGCCGUGGGGAUACGAUUUUACGAUGAUUGGUUCGUGCUUGGUGCUAGCAGUGACGUGGGUAGUGGGACCUAAAGCGUGGCACAUGCAGUUGCCCGGCGGCAUAACGCCAGGCCUGGUAUUCGAACUGGUACUCUACUUCUCCGCUAUGAUCACCAGCCAGACCAUUAUACUGUGGAACAUAUACAAAUCAUACCGCGACCGCACCGGCAAGAUGCGUUCGUUUCGUGAAGCGAUAAGGCCGUUGGUGCCCGUAGCGAUAUUCUUCGCGCUAAGCACCACGUGGGCUGUGUACUCGCCCACUAACGUUAUCAACAGGGGGCCACGAAUCUUCUAUCUCCUCACCGGUACCAUCUUCUCCAAUAUCAACUGCCGUCUGAUCGUUUCCCAAAUGAGUGACACAAGAUGCGAGGCAUACAACGGCUUAUUGAUGCCAUAUGCUAUAGUGAUGGCGAAUGUUCUCUACUAUGAUGUCUCGCCUAUGACUGAAUUAAUGCUACUAACGAUGCUAUGCGUUGGCAGCACGAUCUCGCAUAUUUACUACGGCACCAAAGUUGUGCAAGAAAUGUGUAAACAUUUCAAAAUUGAAUGUUUCCGAAUUAAACCAAAGGUAAAAUAAGUAUAUUAUUCGUAUACAAUAACGAAGUUCUCUCUAUUUAUCUUUUUAUAAUACGAUUUUUGUCUACAUAAUAGCCUAUUGUAAUGAAGGCUAGAGUAAGGUAGGUGAAUAUUUAAUGUUUAUUGUGAUUGGUAUUGGUAACAGUAGUGUAGAACCUUGUUAAGGCAAGAACUUUCUUAAUGACCUUAUUAAAGGUUCUUAAUAAAUUAGUAAAUAAUAAUUUUGGGGUCACUAUUGGAGUACUUGAAAACUUAACCAUACAUUUUUUGUUUGAAGACUCACAUGUGACUGAUAGGACACGGAUUUUGCGCUUUAUUAUUGCAGAUGACAGUUAAGAUUGUUUAUUUGUGUAUAUGUAUUUAUCAUCUGUUCGUACUUAGGGAACUCUUGAUAGCCAAUAGAAUUUGUAUUUCUUUAUACUUUUGAAUAGCUGCAAAGCGGCAAGGAUUAUAAAUUUGCAAUUAAGUUGACGUCAAUUCAUGCCUAUCUAGGUCUUCCAAUCCCACGAUACCAACAUUCCAGUCCUGCUUACUGUGGGAUUUUUAAGGAGGGUUCCCACGAGAUUGCUAGUCUCGGAAAUCAAAUUAAAAACUUAAAUUCAUCUUUAAUUACUCUUAGCAAAUCUGGUGUUUUGAAUUUGUAAAUGUCUUACACUUAAAUAUAAAACUAUAAAAGAAAUAUUGCUGACGAGAUAAAGCCGAAAGGCCCUUUUUUGCCUUUAAAGUAUGCAGUAGUUUGUAACCGUUACUUUGUAUACAACUAUUUUGUUUUCAUAGUAAAAAUAAAUCUACGGAAGGCUGACCUAAUCACAUUUUAGUUAUUUUUCUAUAAUUGAUAAUUUACGUUAUUUUACUUAUAUCAAAUGAAUAUUAUUAAUUUCUAUAUGCGGGAUCCCGGAAAAAAAAGCGUAACAAUAUCCAUAAACAUUCUAUUUGGCAUUUAAUGACAAAAAGAGUUACAUGUUAUUUCAAUUGCUUUUCAACUAGUCUAUUAGUUAGUGUAUUCUAACUUAAUGAAGUGAGAAGAUGUUAUUGCAUUGCAAUCACUUUAUAUGCUCAAACUGAGAUCUGUAAGUGUAAUCAAUCUCAAUAUACUUUAAUUCCAUUUGUGUAUAUCUAGGAAAGCCUAAAACUUAGUUUUUAGUCAUAUUCAUGUAUGUGUUGCUCAUUUGUUUUAAUAUUGACAGGUAUUAUUUUUAGCUGUUUCUAUGAUUUACCCUUGUGAUGAACUAAAAUGUUUUGUUUUCUAUUUGUUAUAAUUUUCUGUCUUAAAUGCAUUUAAUAAUUUGUAUGGAAGAAACUUCCAAAAUUAUAUAAACUGUACCAUAUCCAUUUUAAUCUUAUAUUGAUGUAUGUUUAGAAUGAAUUUUAGAUUUAAGAUUUAUUCACAUAUUUUAGAUACUAAAAUCGAUGUGUUACUAGUAGUACUAGUCAUGUUUAAUAUAUUGCCAUAUACAAAACUUAAGAAAUAAUUACUUUCAAGGAUAUUUUUAUAUUUCAUGCCAAAAAUAUAGUCAAUUUUAUGAAUGUAUUGAUGUUAAUGACUUUUAUAUGAUACCAGUGUCAUAACACUUAUUUUUAUAAAGGUUUAAUGUUUCUAUUAGAAAAUUUAAUGUACACAGUAUAUUUUAGACUUGCCAUUUGGCUGUUUUUCCUAUUGUAUUUAUAUUACAAUAAGAACUGUACUAGUGAAUACAGAAUUUUAAAUCCAGCUUAUUUUUAUUUUGGUUUGAUUCCUAAAAUUUUUAAAGGUUUGCUGUAUGAGCACAUCACAAUAUGUAAUUACCAUCCUCUGUUGUAUUUAGAAACAAGAGUUUGUUUAAUGUUUUUGGUAACAUUAAAAUUGCUGCAGCCACAUACAUGGCAGCUAAAUGUGACACUAUUUAUUGUUUAGUUUAUAUUUAUUUGAAAGAAUGAAUACUUGAAAAUGUAUCUGAUAUUGUUAGGCAAUUUUACAGAUUUUACUUUCCCAAAUCAUUAGUAAAAUGUUAUACCAACAUUCUUUAAUAAUGUUAGUAACUUACUAAAUGUAAAUAUGAACAAAUAGAAAUAUUAUAAAAGUG